GAUAAAUAUUUUUCUUUUUUGAAAAUUUCUGUAGCAUUUUCUUAAAUUUUCAUGUUUCUCUAAUAUUUUUAAAGCAUUUAUUUUGCCUUUAUUGAACAAAGCUGAUGUAUCACGUUCUGUGAUUGCGUGUAAAAAUAGAAUAUGAUCUUUACUUUUUAUGUACGACUCAAAACUUUUUGAAGAAUAUAUUUUUGUUUUAACAUUGGCUUUUCUGGGUUUAAUAUAUUUCUUUAGUCAGCAGGAGUAUGUGCUAUUAGAAGUACUAAUAAAUCAAUGUCUUCGCCAAUAAUAAUGCUGUUAUUUGUAUUAGUCUGUUUGUGCUGUUUCAAUGAUGAAAACAUCAGUAUCAUCCUUAAUUUGUUUCACGUUGAUGUUAGCAUCUUACAAUUUUUGAGAUAACACAAAUAAUGAUUGAACUCCUGCUUUUCAUUGUGGUGAUAAUUUUUUCCUGUAUCUCUGUAAAAGCUUAUUCUUAAUAGGUUUUUUUAUCAGGGAUGAAAUCUUUAUAGACACUUUUCAAGUGAAUUGAUAGUCAUCAUGAUUUUCAAUGAUUUCAAGCAAAUAUGUCUUCCAUUGCUAAUACUAUAUCCUUUUCUUUAAGAUGAUCAACCUUUACUCCUUUAUUAAGUUUGAUGAAGGAAAUAUCAUGAAGGCAAUCAUCAUGAUACUUUGUCUUUGCUGCUACCAAGUUGCUCAUAAAUAAUCCGUCUUUUAACAGCUUUAGCUGUUAUUCCCACGCUUAUCCGCUGCUUCGAUUAUUGACUCCUUGGAAGUGUUGAAACGUGUUUAAUUUUCCGACGAUUUUCUUUACUUUUCUUCGUUUCUCUCUACUCACUUGCUUCCUCACUACAAAAUAUGCAGCAUUCUUUAAAAUCGAAAGUUGGUUCACUGGAACCAAUGCAUUUAAUUCAGAGGUAGAUUAAUCGCAGACGUGCUGGUUUUUGCAUUUUGCUUCCUUUUGCGAACCAAAAUACUACUCUUUCGAGUAUACUCCUUACGGCACUGCACAUGAAUUUUAAUGGAACUGACACGACAUAAAUGUUCAAUUUUUCCAUCAUUCCUUUCAGCUCGCGUCUCUUAAAGUUUUUAUUCCACGUUCAACAAUAACAGUUGUCCCUAAUUCGGAUUUAUCGCAUACGAAGCAUAUUUCUUCCAUUUUUCGAGUACUUUUAAUAGCGAAAUUUUUAAUAUUUUCACAUUAACUAGGCACGUCCAUCGAUAACUAAGAACAGUCAAAUACUAAUUCUGUAUGGAGGUUUCGUUUAUUGAGAUCCGUAGCAAGUAUAUAGCGAUCCAUACCAAACAAAAGACAAGGUUGCAGACCCUUUAGAUUCUAGGAGGGGAUCUAUUUAGUGUUCAGUCCACAUCUGCGCACCAAACUACUCUACAAUCUAGUCAAAUAAUCGAGCUAAAAAGACACUACAACAGAUGCUAGCGAAAGAUCCACCAGAGAUCUCAUGGGAUUACACGCUGGGUUCGCCCAAUGGCGUGCCCUUCGAUGAUGACACAAAGGAAUUAUUAAGGAAGUGCCUCGAUGUCUCCGUGUCGCCGCCAAUCAGCGUGACGGAGCUAAUCAAACGAAGCAAUGCAUUCCCCUUAAAGUUUCCAAUUAACACCGUAAGAUGCACCGCUUUGAAGGACAGGGGAAUCAGCAUGGAUUUUAUUAAAUUAAAUGCAAAUUCGGUAUAUCCACUGAUACAUGAAGCGAUGUUGCCCUUGAUUACGCGAUGGUUGAAACACAAGCGAUUGUAUGGUAGCUCUGUUGAGAAAGCCAUGUAUGCGGACAUGGGCCUCAUCCAAUUCAUCCAUCGCCUGCUGGAUAAGAGAGUGGCCUCCUUCUAUGGAGCUAAAGAUCGAUGGAAAUUACUUGAUAACAAGAGUGGCUUCGGUGCCUGGGAGAGUGUUGGCACCGAUCAGGAGAAGGAACCACUGGUCCUAACAAAAUGCUUGAGCUAUGAUGAGAUUAAACUGUCGGCAAUGAUGGUGGUGUCAUCUCAUACAGAGUUCAUAAACGACGGUUCGCGAAAUAAUAGAGGUAUCGUGAGCUGUGAUCCAGGCGCCAUCCAACCUAGAGGGAUUAUUAUGAGUGUCGUAGGCACAAGAUUCAAAAAACCCCGAUAUAUGGAGUAUCAGGAUAUUGCUAUCACACCACAGCAGAACAAUAUAGAUAAUGGAUAUGGAUCCGCAAUGGAUGGCACAUUUGAAGAAAAACACGAGAUGCGUGUUUUAUGGGCCAAAUUUUAUGGCGAGGAUUACCAUCCGCUGUACGAUGAAAUCGUGAAACAUGUGAAAUCGAAAGAGAACAGGCGGUAUAUAUCAUUGAGCAAUCAGUUAAUCUUCGAUAUCGAGAAUUAUAUGAAGAGAACCCUGCUCUCCGUAGAGAUAAUACUGCUCGAAGCAAACAGCCGCGCUGAGAAGCAAAACACCACCGCCUUCUUACACGUAGUUGGUUUUGGUCUCGGUCUCUGGAAAAUAAUUGAGGAUCAGGAAAUCUACUUCUUGAAAACAUUCGAGAUCGCCAUCAAAAAGAUGAACAAAAAGCUGAAAUACGUUUCUGACAUUAUGUUUGCUUAUUUCCGGCAACAGAAAUGCGGUAGUGCAGGAAACGGCGAUUAUCUGGAUGAUAUAAAGAUACAUUUUGCUCUGAGAGAACCACAUAGCAGACUCCAAGCCGAAGACUCAAGUAAACUCCUCGUUGUAACUUAUGCUAGCGAUGGAAAUACGUUACCAGGGAAUGAAUUCUGGUUUGGAAAGUUAAAAACUAGUGGCGAUCCCGCGGCCGCAUGCAGCACUCAAAUAGCCGAGCUACAUAAUUCUAAGAUUAAUUCACGCGCAUGCGGCGCUAGUUUGCAUGUCGCAUCCGUGGAGCAUGGAAUUCUUCACAUAUCGGAUUACGCGAAGCUCCAUUUUAUUUAGGUAACCCUGACAAGUACUUCCUUAUCAACGCUGGUCUUGUUGAACGAAAUUCGAUUUUGCGAUCCACAUAUGGAACUAUGAAUGAUGUUGCCUUUAUAUUGUUAAUGCGACAACACAUAUUUUUAUUCAGUUGAGAUAAAAUCUUGUUUUGUUUUAUC